AUGAUGAAGAUGAAUCCCAAAUCUAUUGUUACAAAUCUCCUUCUCCUACUCGUGCUGCAAAUCUCUAACUUCUCCACAGUUGUCUUCUCUUUUAAGGCGUCCCUAAAGAAAGAUUACAAAUCAGAGUAUAAAGUACGUCCAAGCACUGUCACACGUAUCCUUGUCUCUAACGAACUGUAUGGUCUCAAGAAAGGAAACGCUGGUUUUGUAUGCGCUCACGGUCCCAAGGUUUGGCGGAAGAGCAAACCGGGAGACAGUUACGUUGUGAUUCAGUUCGAACACACCGCUCGGAUCCAGUAUAAAUUCGUACAUUGCCAUCUCCGGUCGAGUCGUGGGUUUGUCAAUAUUCCUGUCAAUAUUCACCCUGACACCUCUGCUAGGUGUUACCCUAGUAAUGUCUGUCGCUACGCAAUUAGAAAAGAUGGAGUUUAUUACAAACCUGAGAAGAAGCUCUAUCCAUGGCAGCCAUUUCCACGCUCUACAAAAUGA